AUGCGGCCAGCUGCGCGCGGGGAAGAGUGCGCGCAGCCGUCGCCCAGUCCUGAGUCAGGCCCUGUCGGCUCCUCGGGCCCCAGGGGCGCCGGGGACGGGGUGCUCUGGGGCAGCGCCGGGGCACUCUUUGCAGCCGGUCACCCCUCCCCCUUCCCCGCGGGCUUUUGCACACGACGCGCCGCGGGCCGCUUCACACGGGGUGGCCGGGGCCGGAUAAAGCGGGCGGGCGCGGGGCGCAGCGGCGGGCGCGGACGGGCCGGAGCGGCCGGAGCUGCAGCCGGACGGCCCCAGGGCGGCCCGGGCGGGAGCUGCCGCGCCAAGCAGCGGGCGGCCGAGAGGCGCGGGCGCAGGGGCCCCGGGAGCGGCGCGCGGGGCCCUCCCGGCAGGUGGGUGCGCGCUGCGCAGCGUCCCGCGCGCAACUUCCAGGGCGCCCUGGGCCCCGAGGCCGCGCGCGGCUUCCCGGACCCAGCGCAGGGCGCGCGGGGCCGCAUGGAGCCCACGGAGAGGCAGUAUCUGAUGGACGCCAGGCCCGGAGCCCGGUCUUACACUGGAUCUCUGUGGCAGGAGGGGGCCGGCUGGAUCCCUCUGCCCGCACCCGGCCUGGACUUGCAGGCUAUUGAGCUAGCCGCUGAGAGCAACCAUUACUGUCAUGCCCAGAAGGGUCCUGACAGUCACUUUGACUCCAAGAAGGAGCAGGCCCGGCGACAGCUUUAUGUGGCCUCUGCCAUCUGCCUGGUGUUCAUGAUUGGGGAAGUCAUUGGUGGGUAUCUAGCACAUAGCUUGGCAGUCAUGACCGACGCAGCCCACUUGCUCACUGACUUUGCCAGCAUGCUCGUCAGCCUCUUUUCUCUCUGGAUGUCCUCCCGACCGGCCACCAAGACCAUGAACUUCGGCUGGCAGAGAGCUGAGAUCCUGGGAGCCCUGCUGUCUGUACUAUCCAUCUGGGUCGUGACUGGAGUGCUGGUGUUCCUGGCAGUGGAGCGACUGAUCUCUGGGGACUAUGAGGUCGAGGGGGGCACCAUGCUGAUCACAUCGGGCUGUGCUGUGGCUGUGAAUAUCAUAAUGGGGCUGACUCUUCACCAGUCUGGCCACGGGCACAGCCACGACACCAGCCAGCAACAGAACCCCAGUGUCCGAGCUGCCUUUAUCCAUGUGGUUGGAGAUUUUCUGCAGAGCUUAGGCAUCUUGGUGGCAGCCUAUAUUUUAUACUUCAAGCCAGAGUACAAGUAUGUAGACCCCGUCUGCACCUUCCUCUUCUCCAUCCUGGUCUUGGGGACGACCUUGACCAUCCUGAGAGAUGUGAUCCUGGUGCUGAUGGAAGGGACCCCCAAGGGUGUGGACUUCACAGCUGUACGGGAUCUGCUGCUGUCCGUGGAAGGGGUGGAAGCCUUGCACAGCCUGCAUAUUUGGGCACUGACCGUGUCCCAGCCCGUGCUGUCUGUCCACAUCGCCAUCGCUCAGAAUGCAGACGCCCAGGUCGUGCUGAAGGCAGCCAGCACCUGCCUGCAGGGCAAGUUCCACUUCCACACUAUGACCAUCCAGAUUGAAGACUACUCUGAGGACAUGAAGGACUGUCAGGCGUGCCAAGGCCCCUCGGACUGACUGCCUGGCCAGGUGCCAACGGAGCCAUGGCCAGGACCUGCAGGUGGUGGGGCGGAGUGUCCCCCAGGCCCAGCCAGAACGCUGCCUAUCCUGGCUGUGUUAUAAAGCAGGUCCCUCUCCUGACCUCUGCUCUGUUCAGCGUGGAGGAACUGUUUCCUGCCUCCCCCAUCUGACUAUAGCCAGUUUAAGGAUGAAGACGGCAAGUGUAAAGCUACUAUGACCCAGCCCUUCCAGCUUCUGGAUUGGUGCCUGACAGGGCUGGGUCUGGGCCUAAUCCUCAGCUAAAGCUUUCCUACCACCAGCCUCAGGAAAGGUGGUGAGGCACAGUGAGGAGUGACAGAGGGGAGACUGGCCUCAAUGUCCCCUUGCCCACUGUCUUAUUCCCCCCUUCAGUCUGUCUGGCCUUUGCCUUAUGGAUCUAUGCAGAAGCCCCGGGACAGUCUGUCCCUCUGCCUAUAACGAUAUGGUUUAAGGAGACCUUGGGGGUUGGGAGUUGAGAGCACCCCGCACG